AAUCCGUAUGGUAAAUGGGUAAUUCUCCAAUUUAUUGUAAUUUUCUUUGAUUUGCAUGUUUUGAGACUUUCCAACUGAAAAACCUGUCACCUGGCUUCCCUCUCCCUCCCGUUCCUGCAAAUAUCAAGAUAGAUAGAAAUUUCAAAAUCAAAACCCUAAUCCAAACCCGCAAUCCCAUAAACGAAGAUUAUGUAUAUAUGUUGUUAAUUACAUAGAGACACAGAAAUACUUGCCCCGUAUAUAGCAAUAUAGGCAUUAUGUUUUUACAUAAACACAUAGAAAUACCGUCCUCUUCUUCUUAAUUUGUUUACUAUACAUUGAAUUUUUGGCAGAUUGUGUGAAUACAACCGCUCUCACGCGAAGGUAAGUUAGUGUUUUCUUCCUUUUUCAUAAAAAAAUUGUUUAUUUCUUAAAAGUUUAGGAUGAUAUAAACGCAAUUAAAAAUGUUUGUGGUUUAAUGGUUGAUAUACAGAAGAGGUGUUUGAAUUGGGGCUCAUUUUGUUUGGGGAAAAGAUAUUAGGGUUGUUGAAACUUGAAAUUGAUUCUGAUGAUUAGGGAUUUGGGAAAAAGGAGAAGGAUAGUAGAUAAAUGGGAAAUAAAUGUAGUCGUGGAAAACUUACAAAGAAUGGGAUCUUUAAUAGACUGUUUUGGUGGUGUCGACCACCGAAUAUUCUCAAAUUCACUAAGAGAAAAGCAAUAAAGGGUGAGGCGGCAACCUCAGAGGCUAAAGAGGCCGAAGGUAUUGUUCCAGUCCAGAACAAACCCCCUGAGGUGGUUAAGAUCGAAAAGGAGGAGAAGAAGGAACAUCGUGCCCCAGGUGGAGGUGUGCAGCAGAUUGGCAAUACAGGAAAUGACAAGGAAAAAGCAGCGAAACCCCGGAAGCCAAACAAUGUGAAGAGAACGGUCAGUGCUGGGCUGCAGGUUGAGUGUGUGUUGAAGACGAGAACCGGGAAUUUGAAGGACUUCUAUAAGUUGGGGGACAAACUUGGGUAUGGGCAGUUUGGGACGACUUUCCUUUGUAUUGAAAAUGCGACUGGGAACAAAUAUGCUUGCAAAUCUAUAUCGAAGAGGAAGCUCGUGACUAAAGAAGAUGUGGAGGAUGUGAGGAGAGAAAUCGAGAUUAUGCAUCACUUGGCAGGUCAUCCUAAUGUCAUAUCUAUCAAGUACUCGUAUGAGGAUUCUGUGGCAGUUCAUGUUGUAAUGGAACUAUGCACGGGAGGCGAGCUCUUCGAUAGGAUUGUUAAGAGGGGGCAUUACUCUGAACGACAGGCAGCCCAGCUCACUAGGACCAUUGUUGGUGUAAUUCAAGCCUGCCACUCCUUGGGGGUUAUGCAUCGCGACCUUAAGCCCGAAAACUUCCUGUUUGUCAGUGGGGAUGAGGAUUCACCUUUGAAGACUAUUGAUUUUGGAUUAUCAACUUUUUUCAAGCCAGGGGAAGUUUUCGAGGAUGUUGUUGGCAGUCCUUAUUAUGUUGCUCCUGAAGUUCUGAAAAAGAAUUACGGUCCAGAGGCUGAUAUUUGGAGUGCAGGCGUGAUAGCUUACAUCCUUCUCAGUGGUGUGCCUCCAUUUUGGGGAGAAACCGAGCAAGACAUAUUUGAAGCAGUCGUGAAUGGUGAUCUUGACUUCAAAUCAGAACCCUGGGCUAAAAUUUCUGAAAGUGCUAAAGAUGUAGUAAGGAAAAUGCUUGAUAGAGACCCGAAAAAGCGACUAACUGCUCAUGAUGUUCUCUGCCAUCCAUGGGUGCAGGAUAAUGGGGUGGCUCCAGACAAACCUCUUGAUUCAGCAGUUUUAACUCGUUUAAUGCAGUUUUCAGCGACGAACAAACUUAAGAAAAUGGCUCUCAGAGUGAUUGCAAAUAACCUUUCUGAAGAGGAAAUUGCUGGAUUAAAAGAAAUGUUCAAAGCAAUCGACACAGAUAACAGUGGCCAGAUUACAUUUGAAGAACUGAAAGAUGGACUACAUAAAUUUGGUGCAAAUCUUAACGAAUCUGAGAUACAGGAUUUGAUGAAGGCUACUGAUGUGGACAACAGCGGGACUAUUGACUAUGGGGAGUUUAUAGCGGCAAUGCUGCACAUGAACAAAGUUGAGAAGGCGGACCAUUUAACUGCAGCCUUUUCUUACUUCGACAAAGAUGGCAGUGGCUAUAUCACAGCAGAUGAGCUUCAAAAGGCUUGUGAGGAGUUUGGCUUCAGGGACGUCGUCUUGGAGGAAAUGAUCAGGGAAGCUGAUCAAGACAAUGAUGGCCGGAUAGAUUACAAUGAGUUUGCUGCCAUGAUGACCAAAGGAAAUGCAAAUUUAGGCCAGAAGCGAUUACCAAAUACUUUCAGCAUUAGCUUAAGGGAUGGAGUGCAGAGUUGUUGAAACAAAUGCGCGUAUCAAUGUAUUACGUC